ACGUUUCACUGCUCGCUUCACUCCUCGUUUUGCUACAUGCUAGCAAGUCGAGUGUAAAUGAAAAAACUUUCUGUUUGAUAAAUAUGGCGAAUAUAGCAGCUGCUGUGGCCGCGGCCGCUGGAAAAGAUCCCGCGGUCGAUCGCUCUCUGCGUUCGGUCUUCGUGGGAAACAUCCCAUAUGAAGCAACAGAAGAGCAGCUGAAAGACAUCUUCUCAGAAGUUGGGCUUGUCGUCAGUUUCAGAUUGGUGUAUGAUAGAGAAACUGGAAAACCAAAGGGCUAUGGCUUCUGUGAGUACCAGGACCAAGAGACUGCUCUCAGUGCCAUGCGUAACCUGAAUGGCAGAGAGUUCAGUGGCAGAGCCCUGCGUGUGGACAAUGCUGCCAGUGAGAAGAACAAGGAGGAACUCAAGAGUUUGGGCACCGGAGCACCAAUCAUUGAGUCACCAUAUGGAGACAGCUGCCCAACAGAGGAAGCACCAGAGUCUAUCAGCAGAGCUGUGGCCAGCUUGCCGCCUGAACAGAUGUUUGAGCUCAUGAAGCAAAUGAAACUUUGUGUUCAAAACAGUCCUCAGGAGGCCAGGAACAUGCUCUUACAGAAUCCCCAGCUAGCCUACGCCUUACUACAAGCCCAGGUCGUCAUGAGGAUUGUAGACCCUGAGAUAGCCCUGAAAAUGCUUCAUCGGCAAGCUGCCGUGCAGCCCAUAAACCCAAACAGCCAGGCUGGGCCAGUACCAGUGUCUAACCAGCCUCUUCCCCAACCUAGUGCUCCUGUUUCCCAACCACAGCCUAUGCCAGGAAUGCAUGUGAACGGUGCACCCCAGAUGAUGCAGCCUGCUCAGAUUGGAGGGGGCGUACCAGGAUCGAUGCCAGGACAGGGGCCUAUGCCAGGACCGGGGCCCCUAGUGCCUGGAGGUGGGAUGCAGCCUCAGAUAGGGAUGCCGCAAGGAGGCCCUGUUCCUAUGGAUAGGGGACCAGCUGACCCAGGAAACCUUCAGGACUCUCCUGUAGGAUCAUCUGGGCAGGCAGCUAUCGAGCGGCCGCAAGUGCCCAUGGUAGACCCACGGGCUCCUAUGCGAGGGGCUCCACCAGGGCCACAAGGGAUUCCCCCUAGAGGCCUCCUGGGUGAUGGCCCUAAUGACCCACGAGGUGGAUCUCUGGUCAAUGUCACUGGAGAUGUCGUAGAACCAGGUCGUGGUUAUAUUGGAGGCCCCCCACCACACCAGGGUCCCCCCAUGCACAUGGCCCCUCCAGACAUGCGUGGGCCCCAUGAUAUGAGAGGAGCUCCCAUGAUGGUAGAGCCAAGAGGUCCUAUAAUGGAGCAGCGUGGCCCGCCCAUGGACUCUCGAGGUGACUACACACCUAUACCUCAAGGUCGCGAUCCUCGAGCUGUAGACACCCGGGGCCCUGUGGCAGGCCAGAGGGUUCCUGUAGCAAGUGGAAUGCCGGGACCUCCUCACGCAAUGGGAUCAAGUGCGCCUCCACCUGCUCGACCUGGCCCUUCAUCUGAUGUGUCAUCACAAGAUCACGAAAAGGCUGCACUGAUUAUGCAAGUGCUGCAGCUAACUCCAGAGCAGAUUGCCAUGCUGCCACCUGAGCAGAGACAGAGUAUCCUCAUCCUGAAAGAGCAGAUCCAGAAGACUGCUGGUGCACCAUGAAGAUUCCAUGCAUGCUGAUUUAUUGGAAACACAAAGCCCGUGCCUGUUUUUGUUUCAUGUGGAUCAGCGAGGAAACCCCACAUUCAGUUUUGAAACUGGUUAUCAUCUCUUGUUGAGAAGAACUAUGGCAACAGUGUUGAUUUGACUUUGAAGGCAAACUGACUUGUAUGUGAUCUCACUGGAAAAUGGCAAAAAAAAAAAAAAAACCUACAU